AUGUCUCUCGACGGAGUCAAGAAUAUUGUCUUGGUUCUAUCCGGCAAGGGAGGUGUCGGAAAAUCCUCUGUGACCCUCCAACUAGCCCUUGCGCUCUCCCUUCAAGGCAAAUCCGUCGGCAUCCUCGAUAUAGACCUAACAGGCCCGUCGAUCCCCCGCCUAGUCGGCCUUGAAGAUGCAAAGAUCACCCAAUCUCCUCAAGGCUGGCUCCCAGUUCCAGUGCACAAUGCGGUCGCCUCCCAAACAGACUCUACAACGCCUUCUCCCUCCCCACGUGGCUCCCUACACUGCAUGUCCCUAGGCUUCCUCCUCCGAGACCGUGGCGAUGCCGUAAUCUGGCGCGGACCUAAGAAAACAGCAAUGAUUCGCCAAUUCCUUUCGGAUGUCUCGUGGGGCUCUACAGACUACCUGCUUAUCGAUACGCCACCGGGUACGAGUGAUGAGCAUAUCGCACUUGCUGAGCAACUGCUUACCCUCUCGACGGCGGAUCCGGCGCUCGCGGCACAGAAUCGUUUGCCUAGGCUGGCGGGUGCAGUGUUGGUUACUACGCCACAGGCUGUUGCGACCUCAGAUGUGCGCAAGGAGGCGAAUUUCUGUGUAAAGACUAGCAUACCUGUCCUUGGGGUUAUUGAGAAUAUGUCGGGCUAUGCGUGUCCAUGUUGCGGAGAAGUAAGUAACUUAUUUUCGAGUGGUGGUGGAGAGGUCAUGGCGCAGCAGCUUGGGAUUCCAUUUUUGGGAAAAGUGCCUGUUGAUGUUAAGUUUGGGGAAUUGGUUGAAGGGAAGAUGGAGAUGAGUGAUGAUGAGGAUGAGGUGGAGGGUGAAGAUGAAGCGCGGAAGACACAGCAGGUCGAGACCACUGAGCCGGAUCUUAGGCCGCUUGUUGAGAAGUAUCAGGAGGGGUGGUCCUAUCCUCGGUUUGAGGGAUUUGCAAAGACGAUAGUUGGGGGCUUGCAGCAGACCGCAGCUUAA